AUAAAAACCCUUGUUUACUCUCUGCGACUGCACCAUCUCCAUGACAGCUUAGUUAGUUUCUCUGGUUUGCUAUAUAGAUUUAGACACAGAUGGCGUGCUUAUCCUUGCUCUCCGGCGUUCAUCCCCUACCACUACUCCUGCUCAUUACUCUCUUAGGACCGGUGGCGCUCGUGCGCGGCGUCACCUUCCGCGUGGUGAACAAGUGCCCGUUCCCGGUGUGGCCGGCGGCGGCGCCCAACGCCGGCCACCCGGUGCUCGCCGGCGGCGGCUUCCUCCUCCCGCCGGGCCAGUCCAGGCGCGUCAGCGCGCCGCCCACCUGGAACGGCCGCUUCUGGGGCCGCACCGGCUGCAACUUCACCUCCACCGCCACCAACCACCACGGCAACGCCGCCGCGUCCUGCCUCACCGGCGACUGCGGCGGCCGCCUCGCGUGCAACGGCACCGCCGGCGCCCCUCCGGCCACCCUCGUCGAGGUGGACCUCCACGAGGACCAGAGCAAGGGGAGCUCCUACGACGUCAGCCUCGUCGACGGCUACAACCUGCCGGUGGCCGUGUGGACGAAGCCCCCCACCCCCGGCGCCGCCGCCGCCGAUCGCAAGUGCGUCAUCCCCGGCUGCGCCAAGAACGUCAACGCGGUGUGCCCGCCGGAGCUGCAGGUGACGGCGGCGGCGGCGGUGGUGGCGUGCAAGAGCGCGUGCGUGGCGUUCGGGACGGACGCGUUCUGCUGCCGCGGCGCGCACGGCACGGCGGAGACGUGCCGCGGCAGCGCGUACUCGCGGGUGUUCCGGGACGCGUGCCCGGCGUACGUCAGCUACCCGUACGACACGGCGGCGGCGAGGUGCUACGCGGAGGUGUACGUGCUCACAUUCUGUCCGUCCAGAUGGGGCGCGGGGGCAGAUCGUGUGGCCCAGGCUUGACGGAUAUGAUGUGAGACGUAUCGAGUAGACGAGUAACACUCCGGCAUGCGUGUAUCUAAGUAGGAGUAGUAUGUACUAUAUACGGAGUAUGUAUUUAUACGUGUACUAUUACGUAUUUACAUUCAUUAUCGGGCGAACACUUUCGUUAUAGGGUUAAUUAAGUGCUUCCUCAGUUUUAAAAUAUAAAUAUUUUUAGCUACAAAAUCUAAAUAAAUAAUUAUCUAUAGAUACAUAGCUAAAAUGCUCAUAUUUUAGGACGAAUGUAAUAAGUUGUUAAAGUUCAGUAGUUCUCUGUAAAAAGAAUAUCACGUA